AUGUCGGGCGAGGCGUGGUUAUACCUGCUCGCCGUUCUAAUAAAUGCCGUCAACCUCUUCUUGCAAGUCUUCUUCACCAUCAUGUACAGCGAUCUCGAAUGUGACUAUAUCAACCCGAUUGACCUCUGCAACCGUCUCAACACCUACAUUGUUCCCGAAGCAGCUGUUCAUGCCUUCUUGACAUUCCUCUUCCUCAUUAACGGAUACUGGUUGGCGCUACUGUUGAAUCUACCGCUCCUGGCAUUCAAUGCAAAAAAGAUCAUCGAGAACCAGCAUCUACUUGACGCCACCGAAAUCUUCCGAAAACUGAACGUUCAUAAAAAGGAAUCAUUUAUCAAACUCGGCUUCCACUUGAUCAUGUUUUUCUUCUAUCUUUACAGCAUGAUUGUGGCUUUGAUCAGGGAUGAGUCCAACUGA